CAAAGAUGUAUAACAUCAGGGUUUUUUGCAAAUGCUGCAAAAUUACACUAUAGUGGUGAAUAUAGAACAAUUCGUGAUGACCAAACCUUGCAUAUACAUCCCACUUCAGUUUUAUUUCCUGAAAUACCUUCUAAAUGGGUAGUUUUCAAUGAAGUUAUUCAGACAUCUAAAUAUUUUAUGAGAGACUUGACAGUUAUUAAACCAGAAUGGUUAUGUGAAUUAGCACCUCAUUUUUAC